CAGGAUAUUCAAGUGUAGAUUUGAACUUCACAAAAUACAAACAGAGGAAUCAAGUCCAGCACUGAACUGUAUCAAAAUGUCCUCAGAUAUUUACUCCCAAGUACAGUCAUCUAAGAAGGUGAAAUAUACCAGAAAUGAACAAGAGAACAGAACAGACUGGGAGGACAAGGAGGUUAAUAUCUACGAAUCUGCAGAAGACGUUGAUGAUUACUACUCUGUUUCUCAGCCACAGGAAGAGAACCAGCAAACACAAAGACAACCAGCUGGGAGGAAAAGUUCUUACAGAAGAGUAAAACCCUGCAAAAUGCUGCCAUGGGUUAUAAUGUCAGCUGCCAUCAUCACCCUGACCAUAUACUUCACUCUGGAAAUCAACAAACUGAAUAACAUCCACAGCCGUCUUUCAGCGAACUACAGUGAGCUGCAGAACAGUCACAAUCAACUGACUGAUCAAGUAAACAGGUUGAACAAUACAAUUACAGGAAAGUGGUGCCCAGAUGGAUGGACCCGAUUUGGAUGCAGCUGUUACUUUAAAAGCCAGGAGAGAAAAAGUUGGUCUGAUAGCAGGAGUUACUGUCAGGAUAAAGGAGCCGAUCUGGUGAUCAUAAACAGUAAAGCUGAACAGGAAUUCAUAACACAGUUAAAUAAGAAUGGAGAAUCUUGGAUUGGUCUUCGAUGGACUCAACAGUGGAUAAAUCAUCAAUGGACAUAUGACUGGAAAUGGGUGGAUGAAUCACCAAUCACAGAAACGUUUUGGGGAUCAGGAUUGCCAACAUCUACCAAUUAUGAGACAUAUGCAGCAUGCUGCAAUUCUGAAGGGAAAUGGAUACAAUCAUAUUCCUACCAAAGGAAUUGGAUUUGUGAAAAAUAAAGCAUCAAAUCAGAAAAAGUAACAACCACUUUACUUUUUUAAAUGAUGUUUAGGUUUUUUGAGUCACAGUUAAUUUUGAGUCACAGUUCAUAGCUUAAUGUUUCUUUCUGAGUUUUGUGCAAAAGGACAAUAUAACCAAAUGACAACAGAUGAUGCUUUGAUUAAAAAUGAUUAAUUAUGAUUAAAGUUGAAUUUAGUUAUGAGUUCUUAACCAUUUCUCAUUAUGGUUAAACUUACACAUGUAUUGCAAUCGUAUAAAUAUUUUAUCUGGUGAAUCUUGUCAGUGUGGCAAAAAGAAAAUCAAUCUUUACUGGAAAAUAGUAAUAGCAAAAUAAUUUCAGGUUAUAGCUUUUAAAUGAUCUACUUUGAUGCAGUGUCAUGGGGUUUGGACAGUUUUGUCAAUGUAGUAAAUUUAAUAUUUUGACUAAUUCAAAAAUAUACUGUAAAGUUUAAACAUGGGAGACGCAUAAAAUAAACUAUAUUCUAAAAUUGUAAAUGUAAAAAGGAGAGCUUGUUGUUCUUUUAAUGUUAUUGUCCUUUUUUAUCCAUGUAGCAUAA